AUGGUCCAGCAGUUGAGCUUGUAUGGAACAAUCCCCGUCGACCAGUUCAUCUUGGUUAUCAACACCUUGAUCGCCUUGACUGGCAUCAACGAGCCCCAGAUCUUGUUAAACUACAACAUCAUUCUCGAUCCGUUGAUCAACUUGAAAGCCUUGCAACAGACCAACAAAAACAACGUCAAUCACAACCAAAUCGAACAGUUUCUCAUCAAGCUAUCCACAGACUGGGACUUGAAGUUCAAAAGUGUUUUCAAACACACAUCCUCAACUAUCAAACAGAACGACUUAAAUAACCAGUCAACUCUACUAUACAAAAACAACUGGAAUCUACAAAUCACUGAUAUUCCCAUUGCCUCUUCCAAGGAUGUCAUAUCUCAAACUUUUUUUGAGACCUUUGUGAAUCAGCUAUCCACAGAUUAUCUCACUAAUUGCAACUUGAUCAACUUCUUUUAUGAGUUUGGUUACAUGCCUAAAAAUGAGUACUGGCUAAAGGGCCUAAAUUCCAACAUUAUCAUUGAUAUAUUUCAAAUUUACAUCUACGACUUUGAAACAAAAAAGUUAAAGUUACUUGAUGAAAACAACGUUGAAAACAGCUGGUUCAUGAAAUCCUUCAUAAACAUCAACCAAAUCAGCGACAUCGAUCUCAUUAACAGCGGCAACAAAGACUUGCUAUUCCUUCAAAAACAGUUAUCUGAUUUAAUUCAUUUAAAAGUAAUUGAAAGAAAUUUAAUGGAUUCAAGAGUCAAAAGCUGA